CUCUGCUGUUACAGGGCAGGAUUGUACAGUUCAGUUGUUCUGCUUCAAUUAGUGACUCCUCUUAUUACUAUAUGCUUUUUCUACAGAAUGGGAACCAUGCCAGGUAUCUCUACAAACCAAAAAAGAUGCUGCAAAAAGUUAAUGGAAAGGAUAUUCUGUAAAAGUAAGGAUGAGAUUGCUCCACUUUUGGAACAAGACAAAGCAACCCAAGAAGACGUGAAAUUUCAUGUAGCGACUUCAACAAAUGGACAUAAAAUGCUUGAAGUCUGCAGGUGUGAGCAUGAUGCAAAGAUAACAGUAGGAGUGAGCCAUAGGCACAAUGAUGUGUGGUACCAAGUGCAGAGCAUUGUGGAGAAUGCCCUCAAUGAAGAAGAGACCACAUUGACAGAAACUGUGGAAACUGCCAUUGGUGCAAUCCAGUGGGGUGAGAACAAUUGUCCUUCAAAGAUGCCCAGCAGUUUGCACCAGCAAUUCAUCCAACUAGUGGAAAAAAUAGUGACUGCAAAUUUUCUGCAGUUUCCAUCACAAGAGACUGAAUCAAUUGAAGCCUAUCUAGCCGUUCUGCAAAACAGCAUUCUAAAAGAGCUGAUGUCUACGGGGAACUGCUCAAAUCCAGCCCUGAUGCUUGAAACCUAUGCAAAGUGCUUUGAUAAAUGUAUCUUCUCCCAGCUGCAUAAAGCCUUAGAGAGGAACCUUCAGGCUAAUGACCUCUUCAUGUUGCUUUUCUGGGUUGCAAAUACUUAUAAAAGUGAGCAAUUAAUGGGCCACCCUGCGAUCAAGGAUCACUCUUUAAAAAACCUUGAUAGUGUAUUGUGUUCAUCCUGGAUCGAAAAAGCUCGGAAGAUUCUCCUAAACACCAUCCAGAUAAAAGCUGAGGGGAGACUUGAAAAUAUUCUACAGAACGAAUUUCAAUCCCUGGUAAGCAGUCCUGUAAAUGGAAACGAUGAAGAAUUCAUUAAACUGUACGUGGACACUAUACAGGUCCUUAACAGCUCCAUAACAGAAGCAAAGAGGAUCAGUGACUCCUUGACAAGUGAAGUUGAGACCAUUUGCUGCCAACAGCUUCUGAGCUUCAUUCAGAAGUACCAAGGACAUGUAAAGAAACUGACUUGUUCCAAAACAAAGAAAAUCUGUGAAGAGCAUCAGUUCAGGAUUGUGAACAAUUGCUGCCAUUUAAGGGAGUAUGUAGAGAAGAUCGCAGAAGACAAAACGGAUGAUAGCUAUAAAAUAGCAAUCAGGUCUCUUGAGGAAACAGAAUCCCAGGCAACCAAGCUGCUAUUGCAAGGUCCCGUCCACAAACUCAAGUUUGACUUCAAAGACUAUUUCAAGAAAGAAGGGAAAAGCAUCGAGGAAACCAUAAAUGACAUUACAGAACUUUUCAGGAGGGCUCUUCCAAUGAAAAAACAAAUGGCUUACAAGAUUGUGGUGGACAAAGCCUAUCAACAGACAUGCUUGAAAUACUUCAAUGCGCUGCUGAAUAGUGUCUAUAACCGCUUAUUAAAAAAGUGGGGGAAUGUUGAACACAGGAUAUAUCAGGAUGCAAAUAUACUUCACAGGACAUUCGAAAAUCUGAGUCCAGGUGUUGAAAAUCAUGUCGGGCUCAUUUGCCGUGUAAAUGACAUUCUUAAGACAAAGGACCCGGAAGCGUUGAAACUAGACGCAGCUGUUUAUUUUUCAAACAACCCAGAAAUAAGCGUUCAGCAACUCAGCGCCCUGUUAAAAUGGAGAGGAGAUAUUCCCAGCUCAGAAAUAAGGAGCAUUUUAGACAUGUGCAGCAAAGUUGUGGCAAAUAAUGAGGUUAAUCAAACAGUGGCAGUGAGGAUGCCUUUGUGGUUGCCCUUUUGCUGCUGUGCAGAAGAAGAUUGAACUUGGGAACGUAGUGGAAGAGCAGGGUUUGCCUGGGAUGAGGGCGCGCACAUCUGCUUGCACUGAGGAACCAGAAUAUACAAGCUCUCCCAAGCUUAGUGUUCAAUACUGAAUACAUCCAGAACUGUAAAUGCUCAGUUAUAAGGUAUAUAACACACAAAACUGUCAACAUCUUAUGAAGCUUCUUUUUAGGACUGCUUAAAACAGCUCUGCCUUAUAAUACCACACAGUUUUUACCUUUAGUUUCUGUUAGAGAAUAGCUAUUACUGAUAGUACAGAGUCAUGGAUAUGAGUCAAUACAGGCUGACGCUGUGUGUGGCAGGCAAGUGGAGGAAUGUUGCAGGAACUACUAGCGGACAGCGUGAGGAUGAGAGCCAGGAGAAGGAAGCAGAGAUUCAGCAGCUCAGUUAAAGGACUCAGCCACUGCUGGGACAUGUACAGGAGUGGCUCAUCUGCAUUAUUCACAUGUAGUGUUACCUGAUUAUAAAGGGACUUGGUACAGCACUUGAAAACAUAUUAUAUGCUGAUGUUAUGCUACGGUUAUAAAGGGACUUGGUACAGCACUUGAAAACCUACUGUAUGCAGAUAUAAUGCUAUCUGAUUAUUAAGGGAUUUGUUACAGCACUUGAAAACAUUUUGUAUGCUGAUGUUAUGCUACGGUUAUAAAGGGACUUGGUACAGCACUUGAAAACCUACUGUAUGCAGAUAUAAUGCUACCUGAUUAUUAAGGGAUUUGAUACAGCACUUGAAAACAUAUUGUAUGCUUGUAUUAUGUCUCCAAUGGAGACAUGUUGUCCAAUAUGACUUUUAUUAUUUUUAUUAGUGUUGCUUUUGUUAAUAUUGUUAUGUUUAUUGCAUAUUUAUCAUCUCAUUUGUGUUCAGUGAAAGCUUUAAAAUAUGUUGAUACAGUAAGAAUACCAGUACAGUUGAGU